CGUGUUGCGGAUUGAUAAAAGAAGUGUGAUCGAACGGAAACGUUUCAGUUACGUUCUUGGUGUAAUUGCGGCCUUCCAUUGACAAACAUGCGCGUCGUUGUUGUAGGUUCGGGUGCUGGAGGACUAACGGCCAUCAAAUGCUGCAAAGAAGAGGGUCUAGACGUCGUCUGCUACGAAAGAAGCGAUAACAUCGGGGGUCUGUGGAGAUACAGGGACGAAGACGAAGAAGGUUUGGCAUCCGUUACCAAGUCUACCGUCAUCAACACCAGCAAAGAAUUGACGUCGUACAGCGACUUCCCUCCUCCCGAAGAAUUUCCUAAUUACAUGCAUAACUCCAAUAUGUUCUUGUAUCUGAAAAUGUACGCCGAGAAAUUCGAUCUGGUCUCCUGUAUCAAGUUUCACCAUCGGGUGGACAGUAUCGUUCCGGCCGACGAUUACUACCAGACCGGAAGGUGGAAAAUUACGGUAGUCGAUCUGAAAACGCGAGAGGAGCGAUGCUCGACGGUGGAUGCCGUCAUGGUAUGUACCGGGCAUCACGUGUUCCCUAAUACGCCCACCUUCGCCGGCCAGGAAAAGUUUAAAGGAGUGAUUACUCAUACCCAUAGUUACAAGAAGCCUCAAGAAUUCGAAGAUAAGAGAGUGGUUGUGGUGGGUGCAGGCAAUUCCGCGGGUGAUGCUGCCGUGGAAACUAGUCUCGUGGCUAAACAGGUGUAUCUCAGUACUCGAAGAGGCUGCUGGGUAUUGCAUAGAGUGGCAGAAAACGGCAAACCGUACGACGACAUCUUCACCACUCGACUCAAUAAUUUAAUUGUCAGUCUUCUCCCCUUCAGUUUAACCUGUUCGAUAAUGGAAAGGGUUCUGAAUCGCCGAUUCGAUCACGAAAAGUACCAGUUAAAGCCAAAACACAGGUUUCUUCAGCAACAUCCCAUGACAAACGACGCUCUACCCAACCGAAUUUUGAGCGGGACGGUAAUAGUCAAGGGCGACAUCAAACAUUUCCAAGAAAACGGGGUCCUGUUCGAAGGAGAUUCUGAAAUCACCGAAGUAGAUCGCGUGAUUUUGGCCACGGGAUACGAGAUAAAGUUCCCCUUUCUUAGUAAAGAAAUUCUGGACACCACCGAAAAUCGCGUGCAACUGUACAAAUUUAUUUUCCCGCCCCAUUUGAAACACCCGACUCUGUCCAUCGUGGGCCUGUUCCAGUCGCUGGGAGGAGGUUUUCCCAUAGCGGAGCUUCAGUGCCGAUGGAUCGUGCAAUUAUUACGUAAGAAUUUAGCGUUACCUUCCGAAGAAGAAAUGAAGAAAGACGUCGGCAGACAACUGGAAACCAUAAAAAGGCGCUACUACGAUUCUAAGCGCAACACGAUCCAAGUGGGUUACAUCGACUACGCCGACGAGUUGGCGUCGUUAAUCGGGGCCAAACCCAACUUUUUCAAAAUGUUCUUCAACGACAACGAGUUGUUUCGAGCGCUGAUGACCGGCCCGAGUCUUCCUUAUCAGUACAGAUUGCGAGGACCUCACAAAUGGAGCAAAGCCAGAAACACCAUCCUGUCGUACAAGCACAGAGUCGAUCGUCCCUUGCAAACUCGUUUCAAGGAUAUCAAACGGAAAGAAAGACAUUUCUCUUACUUACGCUUGACAUUUUUAAUCGUAUUUGUUGCUUUCGUUCUUCUAAAUUUGUUCGUCGAAAAUUCUUGGUUAUGGCAGCGUUCUCCCUCCUUUCCGUACUUGGCUUAUCCUAUUGGGGUGCUGAAGAAUUACACUACUGGCAACUACAUGACAAGCGACUCGUAUUAGAUGGCUCUUCUGAAUGCAGCCAGUCCUAAUUGCGACGAACGGAACUCGCUGCCCGUUUCUAUUUCCGUAGACACUAAUACUAAAAAUUACUACAUUAUCGGUUUGGUUUCGCAUAAUAAUCAUAACGGUGCUAUGUCUAUUAUUAUAUUAUUGUUAAUUUGGGAACAUCGAACCACUUUGCUUCAAAAUGCUGAGUGUAUGCGUUGCUGAAAGUUGGCAAUGUUACGACUAUUAUAUUAAUAAAGCUGUUUGUAUAUUGUA